AUGGCUGACGGCACCGCCGCCCACACACCGACCACCGACUGGGCCGCAGCCUUCCAGACGAGGUUUGACGCCAUAUGCAGGCAAUUCUGGGACCGUUUGGAGAAUCAACACCAGCCACCAAUGCCACCACGGGCCAGCAGAGGGACCAAGGCACUUGCAGCACGAGAGCCAGCCAGAGCUCCAUACCCAGACCGGCACAAGACUAAGACGCAGCCGGAGGGGCCUCACCCGGGCAAAGCUACAGCUAAUCCAACGAAAUACAAGAAUGACAGCCCGCCUGGGAUGAGAGUCCUUAGGGGAAAGACCCCCACAAGCCACACACACCUGCGGAAGAUAGCAAAGCACUCACGGAAGCACCGAAGUGCCGCCCUACGCAGCCCCACACACCGUGGAAGGACCUGGCCCCAAAACGGCGAUGGGUCCAUGAAAUGA